UCGCCGCGGUUCCCGCCAAAUACGAGCGCGGCGGCCGCGGCGGCAGCAGUGGUGGCACCGGCGGGAGGCGGAGAGCGCACCGGGCCGCCUGUCUGAAGCUGAGCCGCCGCCGCCGCGAUGCUGGAGGAGCCGGACGCCGCGACGCCGCGAGCAGCAGCUAUGGAUUGCAAAGACAGACCUGGGUUCCCAGUGAAGAGGUUGAUACAAGCUCGCCUGCCCUUCAAACGUCUGAACCUUGUCCCCAAGGAGAAAGCUGAGGAUAUAUCACCAAAAGUGUCUGUGGAAGAUAAAGUUCGGGAUCUACAAUUGUCCUUGGACACUUUGGAAAACCGCUGUCACACAGGUUCUCAUGUAGGCUUGAGUCCGAAGCUGGUCAGUGGCCGGGGCCCCAUUGAUAGCUUCUUGAGGGCCGCGAUAAAGCCAGUGCAGAGCAUGGUCAUCAUCGACCUGACCGAGAACUCCAAUGACAUUCCAGACAGCCCUGAGGGCCCCAAUGAACCAAGUCCCGAUGCCCCAGCGGAAGGAGCCACCAAGCAGCAGGGGCCCUCCACAGCGGAGCAGUGUCUCCCAGAGACCCCUUCAGACAUUCCUUGCCAUGUGGAGGAGGAGCCUGAGAGCCCAGGAGGCCCAGAGAGGACGGGUGGCUGUCAAGCUGGCUCGUUACAGAGCUGCCCUGAGCUGCCAGAGGGUUCCAGGACAUCCCCUGUAAAGGAGCCAUCAGGCUGGAGCAAGGCAGGGAGUCUCCUGUUUAUAGAGAAAGUGCCCAUGGUGGUGCUUGAGGACAUCCUGGCUGCUAAGCCUCCCCACACCUCUCUUCCCACGAUGUCCCUGGACAGGAGUGUCACUUCAGAGAGUGAAGUGCAGGAGUCCUGCCCCGAGGAUGAUUCCACACUGAGCCACUCUCCCACCAGCUCCUCUUCUCCAACCAGCUCUCCUGAGGGACCAUCUGCACCCCCAGCACAGCUCAAUGGGACCAGCCCCCCCUCUACACCCAUCUGCAUAGUUGCCAAGAAACUCGUCAGAGUCUCCACAGAGAAAGGCAGGAGCAAACUGCACAGAGACAGAGAACAGCAGAGGGAGAAGAAGGAAAAGCUGAGGGAAGAGACACGGCGAGCCAAGGAGGAGGCUCGGAGGAGGAAGGAGGAGGAGAAGGAGCUGAAGGAGAAGGAGCGGAGGGAGAAGCGGGAGAAGGAGGAGAAGGAGAAGGCGGAGAAGCAGCGGCUGAAGGAGGAACGACGCAAGGAGCGGCAGGAGGCUCUGGAGGCUAAACUGGAGGAGAAGAGGAAAAAAGAGGAGGAGAAGCGGUUACGGGAAGAAGAGAAGCGGUUACGGGAGGAAGAGAAGCGCAUUAAGGCAGAGAAGGCAGAGAUCACCAGGUUCUUCCAGAAGCCAAAGACUCCGCAGGCCCCCAAGACCCUGGCCGGCUCCUGUGGUAAGUUUGCCCCGUUUGAAAUCAAAGAACACAUGGUGCUGGCUCCACGGUGCCGGGCUGCCUUGGACCAGGACCUGUGCGAUCAGCUGGACCAGCUCCUGCAGCAGCAGAGUGGAGCCAGCUCCUUCCUCAGCGACCUGAAAGGCCGCCUGCCCCUGAGGUCGGGACCUACCCAGAUCUGCAGCCGUAACACCGACAUCAUGGACAGGGAUGUGAUCAUUGUGGAGAACAAGGUGGACGGUGUGCCUGAAAGGAGGAGGUUUGGCCGCAUGAAGCUCUUGCAGUUCUCAGAGAACCACCGGCCAGCAUACUGGGGGACAUGGAACAAGAAGACAGCAAUCAUCCGCCCCCGUGACCCCUGGGCCCAGGACAAGAACCUUCUUGAUUAUGAGGUGGACAGUGACGAUGAGUGGGAAGAGGAGGAGCCUGGGGAGUCCUUGUCCCACAGUGAGGGGGAUGAGGAUGAUGACAUGGGGGAAGAUGAGGAUGAGGACGAUGGCUUCUUUGUGCCCCAUGGGUACCUGUCUGAGGAUGAAGGCGUGACUGAGGAAUGUGCGGACCCCGAGAACCACAAAGUACGCCAGAAACUGAAGGCCAAGGAGUGGGAUGAGCUCCUGGCCAAGGGCAAGCGCUUCCGAGUACUGCAGCCUGUGCAGGUGGGAUGUGUGUGGGCAGCUGAGGCAGCCCACUGCGCAGGCUCCGACUUGAAGCUGCUGCAGCAGUUCACCGCAUGCCUGCUGGAUGCAGCACCCCCUGAAGAGACAGAGCCCAGGGCUUCCAGGCGGGAGAAGAGGGACCAGCAUAUCCUGGCCCAGCUGCUUCCACUGCUGCAUGGCAAUGUGAAUGGGAGCAAGGUGAUCAUCCGAGAAUUCCAAGAGCGAUGCCGCCGUGGCCUGCUGAGCCCCCCAAGCCCCACUCCACACCCACAGACACCCAACUCAGAGGAUGCUGUGGCUGUGCCAUCCAAGGCCAGGCUGAAGCGCCUCAUCUCUGAGAACUCGGCCUACGAGAAGCGGCCCGACUUCCGUAUGUGCUGGUAUGUGCACCCACAGGUGCUCAGGAGCUUUGGCCAGGAGUGCCUACCUGUGCCCUGCCAGUGGACCUACGUCACCGCCAUGCCCUCAACACCCAGGGAAGACAGUGGCAAUGCUUCCACCGAGGGGCCUGGCCAGGGCACACCCAUGCCAAUCAAGCGGAAGCCAGCAGCCACCAUGUGCAUUACGCAGUUCAUGAAGAAAAGGCGAUAUGAUGGACAGGUUGGCUCUGGGGACAUGGAUGGCUUCCAGGCAGACACAGAAGAAGAUGAGGAUGACGACACAGACUGUAUGAUCGUGGAAGUGCCAGAUGUUGGGGGUGAUGUGCCAGAGGCUCCCGUGCCUGCUCCCACGCUUUGCAAAUGACUGGUGUCAAGUUGAAAGACCCAGGAACUCCUGGGUCAAAGUCACAUGGGCUGUGGGGAGUGGAGUGCAGGCUCCUGGAGCGCAAGGCUGGUGUUGGGCAUGGCCUGGGCAGUGGUGGCCACGCUUCCCCUCAGUCUUGUAGAGCUGCUGAGGGAGGUGAGGAUUGGCACUAGCAACAGCCUGCUCACUAUGGCACCUGAGCAGCCACCACCAGACGUGAGCCUCCUGCUGACUCCGUGUAAAGAGCACUUUGUCCCACACCCCAGGGUGUGGAGUCAAGAGGAGGCCCAAGCAGUUACUUCCAAACCGUAAAGCCCCCAGGGCUAUGUGCUAAUCUACCCUUCUUAGUUAAGCAUUAUUGACAGCUGAUUGACAGGUGCCUGCUGUUGUCAAACACCUGCUAAUGAAUUGUGCCAGGACACUGAGGCUGCUAUGCAGGCCCUGGGCAAACAUGGACAUGCAUAAACGUAUUCUACCUGA